AUGGACCAGCGAGCUGUUGUCCACGCAUACCGUCAUCUCUAUCGGCAAGGUCUCAAGGCGCUUCAUUAUUCUGUACCUGCACGACAUGUCCUGCUCAAUACCUUGCGAUCCGGAUUUCGUUCGUCCUCGCCAAACGAUUUUGAUUCGCAAAGAAUUGCAAACACUGUGCGCUUUCUCCAGCAGGCAACUGAUGUCGCGGGCCUCGAGCACAAGAUCCUGAAGAAUUUGAUAAUCAUUAGGUAUUGGGAACAACCGCAAGUGAGGAAAAAUGCUCGAGUCUUAAAAGGUAUAGGGAUUGAAGGAAGUGAGGCCCAUGCCCGCAAAGAUGCCAAUGAACAGUUUGAGUUGACGCUCGUGCUUCUAAACGAGAGCUUAGGGACAUGCCUAAAAUGA